AUGGAAUACAUCAUCACCACCACCUCUGCCCGUGAGGAGGCGAACAAUUUUGCUGUCAACGUUGCUUCUUGCAAGGGCCCUGGCGGAACCAAAGAUGAUGUUCGCGGUGCACGAAGCACUGAUGAUGGGGCACCGUCUCAUAGGCUGGGCGAGUCGUGGUGGACUGGACAGAAGAUUCCAUGGCCCCCCUCCUUCAGGAGAGACGCAUUCGAGAACAGUCCAGCGCGUGGCUACCUGUGUGUCACCGCCGAGAACUAG